AUGGGAAAGAUUAUCUUCUACGAAGGCCGCAACUUCCAGGGCCGUCACUGGGAGUGCAGUAGUGACUGCAUGGACACCUUCAGGCACUUCAACUGUUGUAACUCCAUCCGUGUCAGUGGUGGUCACUGGGUGGCCUAUGAGAAGCCUUACUACAUGGGUUACCAGUACAUCCUUGGUCCUGGAGAGUACCCUGACUACCACACCUGGAUGGGCUUCAACAACUGCAUCCGCUCCUGCCAGAUGUUCGCCCCUUACAGAGGAUCCUACAGGAUGAGGAUCUACAACAGGCCCGACAUGAUGGGACACACGAUGGAGUUCAUGGAUGACUGCCCCAAUGUGUACGAGCGCUUCCGCUACCAUGACAUUUAUUCCUGCAACGUCAUGGAGGGUUUCUGGAUCUUCUACGAGCACCCGAACUACAGGGGACGCCAGUAUUUCCUGCGCCCUGGAGAGUACAGGGCUUGUGGUGAAUGGGGCUGCCACAACCCCAUGGUGGGCUCAUUCAGGAGGAUGAGGACUCUGAUGUAAAUUAUGUGUAACUUCAAUGAACAUUAAACACGUGAUUUUCAAAUAAUAAUGUUCUUUGUGAGAUUAUUUGAACAAAUCCAUGCAACCCAUAAACCUGAGGUACAACAAUACUCUCGUCAAGCAGCACAUUUGCUUCCUGCUUAGUGUACAUCUUGCACUGAUAAAAACCUGCUGCUGCUUAAUGAUCUGCAUUGCUGUCAAAUACCUAUCGAUACAAACUAAACCUUUUCUCUUUGCUCACUCUUCAACCUGCCUAUGCGCACAGUCUGCACGUGGGUUUCUGGCAUUCAUGCCAAUAAAGGCAGCUGUUGCAACUCUUAUUGUAGCCCUUUGAGAAAGUGCAGUUGUACAGUAUUUUCUGCAGAGAGAGAGAGCUUUAACACAGACAAAAGGGCUGCUGCAGCCCACCAGUCCUAUAGUGUUCUGCAGUCUAUAGAGCGUACUGUGCUGACACGACAAAGCUUUGUUUCACAUUUGCAAAGCCCUGAU